AUGUCUGGCGCCUACACGUCGCAGGAUUACACCUACGGACUGCGACGGGAAAACGAUGUCUCGAUAGCCUCACAUAUGGCACCGGGCUCCAUUCCCCCUUUCAACCAGGACUGCCACGCGGAAUGCCAUGCGUUCCAACCGACUACUGGGACGCGAGGAAGCUGGAGCACUCGAAAUCAUCGCCACGUGGCAGAACACGCCGGGCGGGCGGGCGGCGGCCUUCUUCUGCGCGUCCUCUGGAUGCUCGCGCAGGUCAGCGUCAACAUCAGCGCCAACGCCGUAUCGUUUGCCAACGACGUCACAACGCUGCUGCCGCGGUGGCUCAACAUUCGACGCGGGACGCUGCUGGUGUCCAUCGUCGGUGGGUGGGCGCUUUGCCGCUGGAUCAUUGUCGCGUCCGGCCGUUCGUUUCUGCUGUUCAUGCAAGUCAACCCAUUCUCGGAAAGAAACAAGGAUAGGGGGUGGCAAGUCCCGAAAAUGGGUAAACAGGCCAACACUAACCUCGUCAAACACCGGCGGUACGACGUGCCGGCGCUUUACGACCCCCGUGGCAUCUACCGUUACGGGCGUUACGGAACCAACCGGCACGUGGCGCUCGCGACGUUUCCCGUCGUCAUCCCGCUGAUGCCGGGGCUCGCGAACAAAGUCCGCCCGGACGCCGUGCCCAUCGCGCAGGGGCUGCCCAACCUCUUUUCGUUCAACUGA